AUGGCGGGAAUAGGAGGAGGAGUUGACAAGGGAUUCGAGGAUCCCAUGAGCCGCACGGAGGCAGCCAAGAUUCUAGGAAUAAGCGCGUCAGCAGACAAGGAUACUGUUGCCAAGGUGCACAGGAAACUUAUGAUUCUCAACCAUCCCGACCGAGGCGGCUCCCCUUACUUGGCAUCCAAGGUCAACGAAGCAAAGGAUGUCCUGUCAGGGAAGAUGAGGUCGAAUCCGUUUCGAUAA